AGUAUGAUGAUGAUACUUCCUACUUGUGCAAAGCAGCAAAUGAAAGCAUUUUCCAUGCGAGACCGCUACCUUAACAGCAAAUGGGCAGUAAAAGAAUAUUGUAUUACUCCUAGGACUCUGACCUCUGUCUAGCUUGGAGGCCAGGACCCAUCGACCAUGUGCUGCUUGUAGGAUGCUACGCAGAGUUGCGACAGUUACUGCAUUCUUUCCCUAUAUUUCUCAGGUAAAAAGAUUAAGAAGUUUGCCCGGGUGCAUAAGGUUUUUGGUGCUACCAAUGUUAUCAGAAUGAUUCAGAUGGUUGAGGAAACAAACAGGGAGGAUGCUGCCGAAGCGCUAUUCUAUGAAGCAACAGCAAGGAUCAGAGACCCUGUUUAUGGUAGCACAGGAGCUAUUUUCCAACUGCAGAAGAUUGUUCAAGAGCUUAAGAUGCAGCUUGAAUCAACAAAAGCUCUAGUGUUGGAGUUGCAGCAGCAAAAAGAUCAGUUGUUGGGCAUUCUUCUGAAUGUUAAUCAUCUUGACCAUAGCGGCAGUUUGUCGCUGGACCAUGAUGAUUCUAUGGCCUAUCAUCCAGCCAAAUUCCCUGUAGAAUGUAACUGGAUCUUUGAAUACCCCAUUAAAUGUUGGAAGAUCUAAUCAGAACCCUAUUAAUUGUUGGAAAUAUAUACACUGAAAUUCAAUUUGAGAAUAAGAAAACCAUCUACUCGUAUUAUUGAUUUGAUCCUAAGAUUUGUUUAUGUUUCUGAGUGCUUAUAGUCUUCUAAACUUCUAGCCAAAUACAAAAAAGAAGAAGAGUGUAUUUCAAUUUGAUCAAAAUGCCUUAAUUCUU